AUGGCUUCCGAAACCGAGAACAAGCCCCAGCGGCCUCGCGUCUUCUUCGACAUCACGCUUGGCGGCAAGCCGCUCGGCCGAAUCACCAUGGAGCUAUACUCUGAUCUCGUGCCCAAGACGGCCGAGAACUUCCGUGCCCUCUGCACUGGUGAGAAGGGAAUUGGAAAGUCAGGCAAGCCCCUGCACUACAAGGGCUCCAUCUUCCACCGGGUCAUCAAGCAGUUUAUGAUUCAGGGAGGUGACUUCACAGCUGGAGACGGCACUGGCGGCGAAUCCAUCUACGGCGCCAAGUUCGAAGACGAGGCUUUCCCCAAGAAGCAUGACAAGCCUUUCCUCCUAUCCAUGGCCAAUGCCGGACCUAACACCAACGGCUCUCAAUUCUUCAUCACCACAGUCCCCACGCCGCAUCUGGAUGGGAAGCACGUGGUUUUUGGCGAGGUCCUGAACGGCAAGUCCAUCGUUCGCCAGAUCGAAAACGUCCGUACCGAGGCUGGCGACCGACCCUCCCGCGAAGCCGUCAUCGCCGACUGCGGAGAGCUCACGGGAGACGAAGCUCUUGCCGCCGACGUCAAGCAGCCUGAUGCCCUGGGCGACCCUUACGAAGACUUCCCCGAAGACUGCGCCGAACCUCCCGAUGCCAAGACUACUCUCAAGAUUGCUUCGGACUGCAAGGACUUUGGCAACAAGGCUUUCAAGGCCGGCAACUACACUCUUGCGCUUGAGAAGUACGAAAAGGGCCUGAGGUACCUCAACGAGGAGCCUGACCUGGAUGACUGGCCCGAAGGCAAGGCCCAGCUCGACGCUGUCCGCUUCUCCCUCAACAACAACUCCGCCCUUGUGCACAUCAAGCUCGAAGCCUGGUCAGAGGCCGUCAACAGCGCCACCCUCGCCCUCGCCGUCAACGGCGUUGCUCCCGCGGACCGCGCAAAGGCCUUUUACCGCCGCGGCUUCGCCUACGUCCGCCUGAAGGACGAGGAGGAGGCCCUGAAGGAUCUUGAGGAGGCACACAAGCUGGCGCCCAACGACCCUGCAGUCGUCACGGAGCUCAACGCCGUGCGGAGCAAGGCCGCUGCCAGGGCGGCAAAGGAGAAGGCCGCCUACAAGAAAUUCUUUCAAUAA